AUGCCAGAAUACAUUAAACAAGUGACUGUGACCGGUGAUAUUUCAAGAAUCGGCACUGAUGACAAUUUGAUUCGUGCGUGGUGCUCUGAAGUUUCAAAAGAGAUCGCUGAGCAAAAAUGUGCGUUUGCCGUUGUCCAUGUGCAAGGCCUUCAUUCGGCUGAAGAUCCCGAUUAUGUGGCGAGAGUGAUUUGCGGAUGUAUCACCGACAACCCGGACAUUUAUCGAGCAUUCGACAGCUCCUAUGCGUUUUUCGACACAAAGCUGACAGGACUCGGAAACUUGUAUAUGUUCAAGGAUCACGAAUAUGUACAAUAUUAUGAUCGAUUUUCGAACACCGGCUAUGUCCAAAUAAGGCAAGGUCAUCGGCACGUAAUUGGUGUCAAUGAAUGUGAUGGAUUUAUUCAGAACACUUUUAAUCAAACUUAUACAUUCCGAAGGGACUUUUAUAAUGACGAUGGUAUUCGAGACAUGGCAAACCAACGAACUGGAUUUUUGCUGUGCAGGUUCCGAAUAUUCGGAGAAGAAUUGACGUUCGUCAAUCUAAAUCUUCAUUCAGUUCCUUUUGAGGAUGUGAAUGAAAUAGCAACGACUCAAUCUUCGAUCACCAAGGCGGCGCAGAAACGCGAAGAGCAGAUUAGUAUGCUUCUCAACGAAUUAGAUGCUGAGGGCUUGAAAAAUGACGCGAUUAUUGUCGCGGGUUCGUUCAACUCGCAACUACAUGAAACCGAACUUUUGAAUUAUUUGGCUCGAACUCAAUUAGUUCAGACCGUCGCGAAAAAAGAUGACCAUGGAAAUAUCGCUGCAAUAGAGCAUAUUGAUCGACAUGGAAGACACACAACGACCGUUGAAAGAACUCGCUUUGAUCUGCAUUCGAUUCAUGAUUGGUUCUUCCGACUUGGAAGAGGUCAAAUGGUCAAACGUUACAAUGGCGAACUUGCAAUUGUUGCCAUGAAAGGACGUCUUUUAGAGGAAAGCGUAUUUUUCCAGCCAUCACGUCAUUAUGAGUUGAACUCAGAAGGCGUCGAGGAGUUUCAAAGGACUUUGUGUCCCGCAUGGUCCGAUCGUAUUUUGUAUAAUGAGAGAAUGAAUGAUUUAUUUAGACAUGAUUCGUUCUGUGCAUCCGGUCUUUAUUACGGCUUGGUCGCCGAAAACAAAUAUGUCGGACCUCAUAAGCCAGUUGCCCUUCAUGCAUCAAUUUGCCUCAAGUAG